CUCAUCUAAAAUUUAAUUUGACAUUUGACAGAUAAAUUUUGACAACUAAACCGUUCAUUUUACACGUGUUCAAUCAGUAACUUCACGUUUUUAAAUCAUUCACAAAAUAAUACUUAAUAAACGAUGGGAGAUAAUCAAACAGAAACUUUAUCCAAAAACGAAUUGAAACGAAGGUUAAAAGCGGAACAAAAAGCGAAAGAGAAAGCGGAAAAAGCCGAAAAGCAACCGCCCGUUCAAGCAAAACAAAAAAAAGAGUCCGAAGAAGAGAUCAGUCCUAACGAAUAUUUUAAAUUAAGAACCCAAGCGGUAACCCAUUUAAAAAGCUUAAGCCCCAACGAACAUCCGUAUCCUCAUAAAUACCACGUUUCGAUUUCACUACAAGAAUUUAUUGAUAAAUACUCGUAUUUAAAAAAUGAACAAGUCUUAGAAGAUGAAAUUGUUUCAAUUGCUGGACGAGUUCAUUCUAUUCGCGAGUCUGGCGCGAAAUUAAUCUUUUAUGAUCUUAGAGGAGAAGGAGCUAAAAUUCAAGUUAUGGCUACAGCAAAUAAUUACAACAGUAUUGAUGCUUUUAAAAUUGAUACAGAUAAAAUACGACGUGGUGAUAUUAUGGGGGUUCAAGGAGUACCAACGAGAACCAAAAAGGGGGAACUUUCAAUCCGGCCAAAAGAAAUUAAAUUAUUAUCCCCAUGUUUACACAUGUUACCCCAUUUACAUUACGGUUUAAAAGAUAAAGAGACGCGUUUUCGUCAAAGAUAUUUAGAUUUAAUCCUAAACGAUCGCGUUCGUAAUAUAUUUAUUGUCCGGGCUAAAAUCAUUUCUUACGUUCGAAGUUUUUUGGAUGAAUUAGGUUUCUUAGAGGUUGAAACACCCAUGAUGAAUAUGAUAGCGGGUGGUGCAACCGCAAAACCUUUCGUUACAUACCAUAACGAUUUAAAUAUGGAAUUAUUUAUGAGAAUCGCGCCGGAAUUAUAUCAUAAAAUGUUGGUUGUUGGUGGAAUCGAUCGAGUUUAUGAAAUCGGGAGACAAUUUCGUAACGAAGGUAUCGAUUUAACACAUAACCCGGAGUUUACAACUUGCGAAUUUUAUAUGGCGUACGCCGAUUAUAACGAUUUAAUGCGUAUCACCGAAAAUAUGUUAUCAGGAAUGGUUAAAAAAAUUUUUGGUUCUUAUAAAAUAACUUAUCAUCCUGAUGGACCGGAAGGAAUCGCUCAUGAAAUUGAUUUUACACCACCGUUUAAACAAGUCUCGAUGAUUCCGACACUUGAAAAAGAAUUAAACGUUAAAUUCCCGCCAACGGAAAAUAUGUCCAGUGAAGAAACUAAAAAAUUUUUAGACGAUCUAUGUGUUAAAAAUAACGUUGAGUGCCCACCCCCGAGAACAACAGCUCGACUUUUAGAUAAAUUAGUUGGUGAAUUUAUUGAAGAAAAAUGUAUUAGCCCUUGUUUUAUAAUCGAACAUCCCCAAAUCAUGUCUCCAUUAGCGAAAUAUCACCGCUCCAAACCAGGGUUAACUGAACGAUUCGAAUUAUUUGUUAUGAAAAAAGAAGUCUGUAAUGCUUACACGGAAUUAAAUGAUCCGAUGGUGCAGCGCGAACGUUUUGAACAACAAGCUAAAGAUAAAGCAGCGGGUGACGAUGAAGCUCAAUUGGUUGAUGAAACUUUUUGUACAGCUCUUGAAUAUGGGUUACCACCAACGGCCGGAUGGGGACUUGGGAUUGAUCGGUUAACAAUGUUUUUAACUGAUAACAAUAAUAUAAAGGAAGUUUUAUUCUUCCCUGCAAUGAAACCUGAUGAUCCUAAUAAGAACAAGGAUGAAAAUCAAGUUGAAGAAGCAUAAAGUUUUAAUUAAGUCUAUUUAUGAUUUAGAUUUUAAUUAAGUUUUUAAAUUAAGAGAAAUUUAAUGAA